AUGAAAGCCAGGUUCUGGAGACCAGGGUUGACAAAAGCAGUGCAUUGGUACUGUAGCAGUUGUCUGACAUGUGCCAAUGCAAGUCCAGACCUAAACCAAAGGCACUCCUAUAUCCAAUACCAUCUGGGACCCUAUGCAGAGAAUCCAUAUUGACAUUGUUGGUCCCUUACCGGGUUCUUGAAGAGGAAACCGUUACAUUCUGAUUGCGCAGUGCAGUUUUUCAAGGUGAGCUGAGGCGUUUGCAAUUGAUAAAUGUGCCACAACUUGUGCAAGGGUGUUGGUGAAGAACUGGGUGUGUAGAUAUGGUUUACCAGACAGUAUACACAGUGAUCAGGGAAGAAACUUUGAGUCCCAGGUGUUUGAGGACAUGUGCCAUUUGCUGGAGAUUAACAAAACGCGGUCAACUGCGCACCACCUAGAGGGCAAUGGACAGAUAGAGAACCUGCACAAGACCUUAAAGAGCAUGCUAAAGGCCAGAGUUGAAGAUGAUCCACAGAGUUGGGACGAACACCUAGAUUACUGUAUGAUGGCUUUCAAAAGUAGUGUCAACUUCUCCACGGGACAUACACCUUUUGAACUUAUAUUUGGAAGGGAGAUGUGGGUACCUCUGGAUAUGAUGAUGGGCAGAGCCGAAAACGAUGAAGGAACUACUCAGAGUUUGUCAGGGAUCUUCAGAGUACUUUGGAAACUGCACACUAUGAUGUGCGCGAAAGUCUGCAAGUAGCUCAGAAAGAUGGGUACAACAAGGGUGUAAAGCACAUGAUGUUUCAGACUGGUGAUUUAGUGCUACGCUACACUCCACAGCAGAAGCCGGGUGAAGCAAACAAAUUCCAUCGGCAGUGGGAGGGCCCAUUUAAGGCAGUGGAGCGCGUCACAGACGUCACGUAUCGGGUUAAGAAUGUCUGGGGACAGUCCAGCAGAUCUCAAGUAGUUCAUUUCAACAACCGGUGGUUGUAUGAAAGAAGGCAGGAGGAACCCUUGGAGGAACCAGGCUGUGGGGGGGGGGGGUUAGUGAUUGCACCUCAAGGUGGAAGCGAGGAAAGUGAACGGGUAGCACCAGCCUGUUAGGAGGUGGAGUCAGGGGAGCCUGAUACGGUUACUGGUGGAACCGAAGAUGAGGUUUUCGGGAUUGGGCCUAGAGAUGAGCCUUCUGACGAGGUUGUUGAUGUGCAAGACGAGAGUGGGUACGAGUCCUGCAAGGUUGAUACGGCUUCAAUAGGAGAAAUUGAACAGGGUGGUGGACGUGACCAGGUAGUAGAUUUGCCAGAUACGGAGGGAGGUGGACUGUCAGAUAAUGUUCAAAAUGAUCACGCAAGCGUGGAGGAGAAAAGAGAAGACGAACAUGAGGCCGAAGAAAAACGGCCAGGUGGACAGACCCCAAGACCAGUACGCGUAAGGAAACCCCCAGACCGUUAUGGUGAAUGGAUUCUAAAUAGUUUGCAGCAGAUAUCGGACAGCUUGAAGAUGGUGGAAGACAAGCAAAGAGCGGACAAGAAGCGGAAACAGAAACGGUGA